AUGCGUCCUUCAUCAAAUGGCAGCGGUCAUCUCAAGUCCGAGCAAUCACCGGCCAGUGCACAGCAAAAUUCUAGCGACCAGAUGUCUAUGAACUCUGGAAUGUCUAGCACAGCGCUUAGUCCUACAUCGUGUUCUAUGUUUGGCAAUAGCACGCAAGGUGGUUCCAACUCCGACCAAGGCCCACCUCAACCACCCACAGCGAAUACGCCAUUCCCUCUCGUCACUCACUAUGAUAUGCCUCCAGCCUUUUUGCAUUUGCAAGAGUCAUUUCAGAACAUUGCUCCAAUGGAACCUCCAACAUUUGCCUUUCUACCGCAUACCAAGCAUUAUGAUAUUACUUAUGAUCGCCGAUAUCCGAUGAAUCCGAUGUCACAGGGCCAACCACCGAUGCACAGUCGGCAACCAGUACCUAGUCCCCAGAUGAUGUCACCUGCCUUUCAACAACCUCAGCCCCCAAAUAAAGGGAAAGCUCCACCUGUCAAGAAGGCUCGAAGUGAUUCCACAGAUGGUGGGUUCCCUGGAAUGUCUUCCAAUAAUGGGAUGAUGAUGGCACCAGGAUGUCUACCUCGGCCUAUGCAGUUGCCACCUGAUAUGUCCCAUUACGGAGGGGUCCCGACGUCAAUGGGCAUGAUUCCUGCCAUGCAGUGUUAUCCGGGAGCUUCUCCUACCGCUGUACCGACGAGCUCAACGUCUUCCGGUGGUAAUACACCUAUGAACAUGCCCAAUGGGAUGUUCACUAUGGGCAACGUACCCCAUAGCGCACAGUCUAUGAGUAUGGGCAUGCAGCAGCAAGUCAAUGACAGCCGAUCACAGCAAGCGUCAGUGUCUACAGGUUUUCCAAAUAUGUCCAACGGCCAACUCCAAUCUAGCGAGCAACAACCACUGAGCAGUCCCCGAAAUCAGAUGACUCAGAAUCCUUAUCAACAGUCAGGAAAUCAGUUUGACAUAUCUCCUCAAUGUCCGAAAUGCCUGUGUCUUGUGUCGAUGACUCAGAAUCCUUAUCAACAGUCAGGAAACCAGUUUGACAUAUCUCCUCAAUGUCCGAAAUGCCUGUGUCUUGUGUCG